AUGUCGGUUGUCUUGGUGCUUUGCCAUGCCCACCAUGGUGCCCGACUUUCUAAGAGCCGGGCCUUUUCCGCCGAGAGCCACUAUCCAUCACUGUGGCCCCUGCUGCCAAGCACUGCGCCAGACCGGUCACUCGAGGCUCUCUACUCUACGGUGAACGACUCGAGGCGACUACGAGAAGAGGCGCCUACGACGGGUGCGUGGCUGGAGGCGGAUGCCGCUGAAGUGCCCCAGGCUGUCGGAGAGCCCAGUCAACGCAGGACAUUUCUGGAUGGGCUUCGGAGGAGACUUGGUCUGUGGGGGAGGCGAAGAGGAGAUGCAGUCGCUGCGUCUGAAGCGCCGGCAGCUCCUCGACGGUCAUACGGCCGGAGGCUGCGUCAGCAGUUCCAUCACGCACGACGAUGGCUUGGUCGGGCUAUACCAGCGUUUGGAUCGCGCGUCUCAAGAGGACUGCAAUCAUGGUGGUCCCGCGUACGCCGCGGGUGGAGGGGAUCGUUCAGGCAGCGACUCCCACCAGAUCCGCAGGCGGAUCCCUUCUACUUUCGUGAAAAUGAACCCGCCGAUGCCAUAAUUAGAAGCGCAUUGAAACGUGUGUCGCGACAGAUGGAUGAACAGAUGAAUAAGUCGAUGCUCGUCUACGAGUACGACGAUCUUCUGGUUGGCGUGGGCUGGCCUCAGGACGAAGUCCUGACGGUGGUGUCCGAAUCAAAUGAAUUCGAGAGGCAGCUGCGCAGGGGCGAAGUCCUCGGCUGUGGCGCAACAGGAUUUGUUUUCCCCGUUACAGAUGUCAAGACGCAGCAAACCUUUGUCAUGAAAGUUCUUCGCUACGACAGAAAUCCAGGUGACUUUGAGAUGGAGUUUCAGCACGAGGCUCAUGUGACAGAGUUGUUCGAAACGAUCAAGGACCCAAAGCAGGCCGUCGCCCUCUUACGAUUCAUGGUACCGCUUGACGUCGUGAAGAUUUCUGGCCGCGGAUCCACUUUAGAAGGUGCAUCAGGCGGCAGUCGCGAGCUGCUCGCGAAUAAGUUCAUGCUCAUGCCCAGAGCAUUCAGUGAUCUCUCUCCCGUAAUUGUAUCCUUGGCGUAUCCCGCCAUCCGGACGACCGAGUUCGCGUAUCACACUCGACUCCAGCUCACAACGCACAUUAUACGGCUGGUCGCGAAUCUCCACGAUCAAGGAGUGAUCCACAGAGAUAUGAAGGCGGACAACUUUUUAGUCAUGGAGGACGGCCGCAUACUCCUGUCCGAUUUUGGCACCCUGGUUCGGGCAGACCUACAACGGCGCAAGACCCUUAGAAUGCCCACGCCUGCCGGAGGCGACUGGCCCUCCCCAGAGGUCAGAUUCGAGUUUGCAGGCGACGCCAUGAGUAUAGGCAUCGUACUUCACAACCUCUGGUGCUACGGAAGCCAGAUUUACAUCACGAAUUCUGAAGGUCAGCGCCAAGUGGUAUUUGAACAAUGCUUCGGGAUGCCGGAGUACCUUGAAGGCCUUAUUCGAGGGUUUUUGAAUCCAUCCCGUACAGAGCGCUUGAUUGCCUUAGAGGCGAUGCAGACUCCCGCUUUCCAACGCCUCGAUGAAGAGGUAAGUAGGGUGUGGCCCCUGUACGAGAACGAGGAGACGUCGGAAAACGCAGCUGCGGUUUCAGCAGCUGGCGACGGGUCUCUGGAGACCCAGUGA